AGGCCACUACAGCACCACAGCCACCUCAGGGUAAUGAUGUCCUUGCUAAAUUAAUUCAACAGUGAUUACCAAGAGGAUUUUCUACUUGGUUUACUCCAAUGCUUGCUUUUGAAAAACUCUACAGAGUCAGGGUGGGUGGAGGGAAGGCCCAGGAUAAUGUCAAAUCAGUCUUUCCUCAGGAAGUAAAGUCCACUGGCAGAGUGCCUCAUCUGUGGAGGAUUCCUUUGCUGAGCAAGUCAAAGUCAAGAGCUCACCCAAAGGACCAGAAGGUGAGUGAGGCGCUGCUUCCCCCAGGAUUCGGCUUACAGAUCUGGGGGUUGGAUGCUGAGGACAGUGCUAGGAGUGGCCACCCCACCAUCAGUGAGGUCAAGCUUUCCAGACUUAUCACAGGGACCUUCCUCACUGAAGACCAAGUGCCAUGCAGAAGAGAGCGGGCAGGGCACGGCCGUACACUAAAGCCCUGGAUGGAGGUUGGGGAUGGAUGAUUGUGCUUCAUUUCUUCCUGGUCAAUGUGUUUGUGAUAGGGAUGACCAAGACUUUUGCAAUUUUCUUCGUGGUUUUUCAAGAAGAAUUUGGAAGCACCUCAGAGCAAACUGGUUGGAUUGGAUCCAUCAUGUCAUGUCUUGGUUAUACUGCAGGUCCCCUGGUUCCCGUUAUCUGUGACAUAUGUGGAACGAAAACUGCCUCCAUUCUUGGGGCUUUCCUUAUUGCUGGUGGAUAUGUGAUCAGCAGCCAGGCUACAAGCAUUCCAUUUCUUUGUGUGACUAUGGGAAUGUUACCUGGUUUGGGUUCUGCUCUUGUGUUCCAAAUAGGUGUGGUGGUAAUUAGCAAGUACUUCAAAAAACGAUUAGCGUUUUCUACAGCUAUUGCCCGUUCAGGGAUGGGACUGACAUUUCUCUUGGCACCUUUUACAAAAGCCCUGAUAGAUCUGUAUGACUGGACAGGUGCCCUUGCAUUACUUGGAGCUAUCACACUGCAUUUGGUGCCUUCUAGUAUGCUCUUAAGACCCAUUCAUAUUACAAGCGAGAGCAAUUCUGGUGUUAGAGAUAAAGGUAGCAGUUUGUCUGCACGUGGUCCAGAGGCAGUGUGUGAGACAGAAACACUGCACUGCACAGAGACACAGGAGCCUACCACCAGGGACAGUGCUACACAGAAGUUUGGACAACCUGGGACAACUUUAACAGACUCACAAAAUCGAAAUGAAGAGUUCAACAAUGGGCCCAACAGGCACAGGCUAUUCCUAAUAACUGAUGAAGAAAGUUUCAAGAAAAAGGCUAUUUUGUGGAGCUAUCAACGACAAUUAUGUGAUAUUUCUGUUUUUAAGAAUCCUUUCUUCUACAUAAUGAUGUGGUCUUUUCUCUUCAGUCAGUUGGCAUAUUUCAUCACUACCUUUCACCUGGUAGCCAGAGCCAAAACACUGGGGAUUAAUAUGAUGGACGCCUCCUACCUCAUUUCUGUAGCUGGUAUCACUGAGACAGUCAGUCAGGUUAUCUCUGGAUGGGUUGCUGAUCAAAACUGGAUCAGAAAGUACCAUUACCACAAGUCUUACCUCAUCCUCUGUGGCAUCACUAACCUGCUUGCUCCUUUAGCCACCACGUUUCCACUACUUAUGACCUAUACCGUCUUCUCUGCUGUUUUCUCUGGUAGUUACCAGGCACUGAUAAUUCCUCAACUGGUUGAUAUGGCUGGGCAUUCGAUAAUGCACAGGUUUAUGGGAUUUGUCUGUUUCUUUGCUGGGAUAGCUCUCCUUUCUGGACCCCCUUUAGCAGGCUGGUUAUAUGAUUACACCCAGACAUACGCAGGCUCCUUCUACUUCUCUGGCGCAUGCUAUCUCCUCUCUUCAGUUUCCCUUUUCUUUAUACCACUGGCUGAGAGAUGGAAAAGCAGAGGCUGACCAGAAGGAAAGAGGACUGUAAUCAACUGUGGGCUUAACAAAAGAAAAGCUAAACUAGUAAGUCACUGGAAACAAAAGAAAAUCUAAACAACUCACUGGGAACAAAAGCUG